UCAAAUCUGUUCGUGAAAUGGAGUUGCUAAACUCUUCUGAUGCUAUAAGGAAAAAGUCUUGUCCAUCUGCAGAAGAAGCCUUGAAACAUCUUCUGUGGUUAUUAGAUUCUGAGGCUGUCUUUGAAGCUGCCUUAGGUCUUUAUGAUCUGAACCUUGCAGCUAUUGUGGCACUCAAUUCCCAGCGUGAUCCAAAAGAAUUUCUACCUUAUCUUCAGGAGCUGGAAAAAAUGCCCGAAUCCCUGAUGCAUUUCAACAUUGACAUUAAAUUGAAACGUUUUGAUAGUGCUCUUAGGAGCAUUGUAUCAGCAGGGGAUGGCUACUUUUCUGAUUGCAUGAACUUAAUAAAGAAAAACCCUCAACUUUUCCCUCUGGGCCUCCAGCUAAUCACAGAUCCUGAAAAGAAACGAGCUGUUCUAGAGGCUUGGGCAGAUCAUCUCAUUGAUGAAAAACGUUUUGAAGAUGCUGCCACUACGUACCUAUGUUGCAGUAAACUGGAAAAGGCUUCUAAGGCAUAUCGUGAAUGUGGUGAUUGGAGUGGGGUACUCAGAGUUGGGGCGCUGAUGAAAUUAAGUAAAGAUGAGAUCUUGAAAUUGGCAUACGAACUCUGUGAAGAGGUCAACGCUCUUGGGAAACCAGCGGAAGCAGCAAAAAUAGCUCUUGAAUAUUGCAAAGACAUAAGUGGUGGAAUUAGUUUGCUUAUUAAUGCGAGGGAAUGGGAAGAGGCAUUAAGGGUUGCAUUUUUGCAUACAGCAGAUGGUAUAACCUCAGUGAAGAGUUCUGCUCUGGAGUGUGCUAGUGGUUUACUAAGUGAAUUCAGAGAAUCAAUAGAAAAGGUAGGAAAAUAUUUGACUCGCUAUUUAGCUGUUCGGCAGAGACGAUUAUUGCUUGCAGCAAAGCUCAAAUCCGAGGAGCGGUCUGUAGUUGAUCUUGACGAGGACACAGCUUCAGAAGCAAGUAGCAACCUGAGUGGAAUGAGCGCCUAUACUUUGGGGACAAGGAGAGGUUCUGCUGCUUCAGUCAGCUCAAGCACGGCUACUAGCAGGGCAAGAGAUUUGAGGCGCCAGAGAAAGAGUGGGAAAAUUCGUGCUGGCAGUGCGGGUGAGGAGAUGGCUCUUGUUGAUCAUUUGAAGGGUAUGCGGAUGACCGAUGGAGGAAAGAGAGAGUUGAAGUCGUUGUUGAUAUGUCUGGUAACACUUGGUGAAACGGAGUCUGCACAGAAGUUGCAACAGACUGCAGAGAAUUUUCAGGUCUCGCAAGUAGCAGCUGUAGAGCUAGCAAACGAUACAAUGUCCAGCGAGAGCGUAGAUGAAGAAGUUUAUAGCUUUGAACGUUACGCUCAGAAGACGAGAUCCACAGCACGAGAUUCUGAUACCUUUAGCUGGAUGCUUAAGGUCUUCGUUAGCCCAUGAAAUUCUCUAGAUCGGGUUUAUGACUGAAUAAGCUAUAUCAACAAUAACCUUGUGCUUUUCAAACAUCAUCUACCUUUUUGGUUCUUUCCUAUUUACUGUUUGACACACACUUAAAGAGAUUAAGGUGCAUCGGCUCCAUUUUUGUUCGCGGCUUAGGUGUGUGUUCUUAUUUGUUGUCCAACAACGUACGUCACGUGAUGUGUUAAGAGGAGUUGUUUUCUGUCAUAAUUUUCUAUUUUCAAA